GGGGGCGAUCCUCGCUGCCCACAGCCGGCAAAGAGCAUCUAGGGCACUCACACUACUGGACCUAGAACCGAUGUCCUCAGGGCUCAUCGAGCACUGGCGGUUAAUAGCCGCGCUGCUCCUUUGCGGUGCGAUCCUGGUCGUCCGGAGGCUGCGCGGCGGAUCGCCGUCCCGGGGACGCACAUUGAGCGGUGGGCUUACGGCGUCGGAGAAGCAUACUGCUGGCCUGAAACCAUUCCACACAGACGCGUCGGCGGCGCGGGAGCCUGGAGAAUGGACGCCGGUCGCGUUUGAGUACCCGGCCAUCGCACCAUGCCGUGAAGACGUGUCCGCUGUCAAGCCCGUACCGUAUCGACCGUUCAAAUGGGGAGAAUACCAUGUCACGAUGGGCAUCCGGAGCAUGCCAUGGGAUGAGUGGACGGAGCUUGACAGAGAAUUUGCUCACUUCCAUCGCAUCCGCGAGCAUCGAAUUCAAACCCGCGGCGACAAAGUCGUCCAAGUCCUACCUGAGAGACCUGGGCUCGUGAAGGGCGCUCACGAUGCCGCUGUCGAGUUGGUCCACGAACUGGCCGAGUAUCUCUCGCGCCGCUACCCGGAUGUCUAUCGUGCCACGCGGGUAGACGCAGGCCACGAUGGGAACGGAUGGCAUGGCCAGCCCUCGAUCAAAGACAUUACUAUCAUACCUUUGGGCAAGACUUAUGGCCUGGAGAAAGGCGAUCCUCUGACUAUCGCAUCUCUUCUCAUCCAAGAGGACCUCGCGAUAAUGAUCGAGGGAACGGAUGGCAGGUAUUAUCUGCAGGGAGGUGCGAUACUGAUACCCGGGUCAUGGCGACUCCGUGACAAGAUCGGUAUGAGCUUAGAUGACAUCCAUAUCAGCGGAACAGUACCACAAUUCGAGAGCAAGCUCCAGCUGAGCAUGUCGCGCCACUUGAAACGCAUGCCCGUCGACAAGCCCAUCGUGCGAAACAACUACAGCUUCCAGGUCGUCGCGCCCCGAGACAAGGCCGACCCGCUCGACCCCGACGAGCUCGCGUGGUGCAAGACGAUGAAGGGCGACGAAGACGUUGUCGAGGGCCAGCCGGGCUUCCUCCGCAACGAGGACUUCGGAGCCGACUAUCCCGGACACUCUGCCGGACACUUCUCUGCUGCGCACUCGGACCUUGCCAACAGCAGCGAGCCGGUGGACCCUUCGCUCGUGCGCCUGCGCGUAGAACGGCAGACGCUGCGUCGUCUCCCGAAAACGGGUGCAAUUGUGUUCACCAUUCGUGUGUAUCUCACGCCCCUCGAAGAGCUCGUGAAGGAGCCCGAUGUUCCGGGGCGGCUGGCAAGCGCAAUUAGAAGCUGGCCUGGAGACGUCGCAAAGUACAAGGCUCGCUCCGUAUUUGAAAACAUCUUAGAAUACCUCGAUGCUCACCAUCAAAGGCAACUCGAUUCACACGUAGAGGGUGUCACCAGGCAGAGGUGUGAAUGACAUAGAAGCAUUGAAGGUCUAUUCGAAUGUUAUGCUUGGAUGAGAACU